CCCCCUCUGAGUCGUCCGGCUGUCAGAGUUUGCGGAGUGGGCGUGGCUGCGUGUUGUGUUCUCCCUCUACCUGACAGGUGUUCGCCUCUCUCGGCGGGAUCAGCUCCCUCAGUCAGGCCGCUCUCCGCGCUACUUCUCCGGGUUGUUGUUGUGGAAACAUGGCGGCGCCGCUGACCGACCAGGAGAAGCGGAAGCAGAUCAGUGUCCGGGGCAUCGCGGGGCUCGGGGACGUUGCGGAGAUCAAGCGGAGUUUUAACCGACACCUCCACUUCACGCUGGUGAAGGACCGGAACGUCGCGACACCCCGGGACUACUACUUCGCCCUGGCCCACACCGUCCGGGACCACCUGGUGGGCCGCUGGAUCCGGACCCAGCAGUACUACUACGAGAAAGACCCCAAGAGGGUUUAUUAUCUGUCCCUGGAGUUCUACAUGGGCCGAGCUCUGCAGAACACCAUGAUCAACCUGGGUCUGCAGAACACCUGUGACGAGGCCAUCUACCAGCUGGGUCUGGACAUGGAGGAGCUGGAGGAGAUUGAGGAGGACGCUGGUCUCGGAAACGGAGGACUGGGUCGACUGGCAGCCUGUUUCCUGGACUCCAUGGCGACCCUCGGUCUGGCGGCAUACGGCUACGGGAUCCGCUACGAGUUCGGCAUCUUCAACCAGAAGAUCAGUGAGGGGUGGCAGGUGGAGGAGGCAGAUGAUUGGCUGCGGUACGGGAACCCCUGGGAGAAGGCCAGACCUGAGUACAUGCUGCCGGUUCACUUCUACGGCCGAGUGCGGAGGGCGGAGGGCGCAGUGAAGUGGGUCGACACUCAGGUGGUGUUGGCGAUGCCUUAUGACACUCCAGUACCUGGUUACCAUAACAACACGGUGAACACGAUGAGACUGUGGUCGGCUAAAGCUCCGAACGACUUCAAACUACAGAACUUUAAUGUGGGAGAUUAUAUCGACGCGGUUCUGGACAGAAACCUGGCAGAGAACAUCUCCAGAGUCCUGUACCCCAACGACACCUUCUUCGAGGGGAAGGAGCUGCGUCUGAAGCAGGAGUACUUCGUGGUCGCCGCCACGCUGCAGGACAUCAUCCGCAGGUUCAAGUCCUCCAAGUUCGGCUGCAGAGACCCGGUCAGGACCUGCUUCGACACGUUCCCCGACAAGGUGGCGAUCCAGCUGAACGACACCCACCCCGCUCUGGCCAUCCCUGAACUGAUGAGGAUCCUGGUGGACGUGGAGAAGCUGGACUGGGACAAGGCGUGGGACAUCACCUGUCGUACCUGUGCCUACACCAACCACACGGUGCUACCUGAGGCGUUGGAGCGUUGGCCCGUCUUCAUGUUCGAACAGCUGCUGCCUCGACACCUGCUGAUCAUCUAUGACAUCAACCAGAGACACCUGGACAGGAUGGCGGCCAUGUUCCCCGGCGACACCGACCGUCUCCGCCGGAUGUCUCUGAUCGAGGAGGGAGACCCGAAGAGGAUCAACAUGGCUCACCUGUGCGUGGUCGGGUCUCACGCCGUCAACGGCGUCGCUCAGAUCCACUCGGACAUUGUCAGGAACAGCGUGUUUAAGGACUUCCAUGAUGUGGAUCCAGAGAAGUUUCAGAAUAAGACUAACGGCGUCACUCCUCGCCGCUGGCUGCUGCUGUGUAACCCCAGCCUGGCCGACAUCAUCGCUGAGAGAAUCGGAGACGAGUUCCUCACCGACCUGCAGCAGCUGAAGAGACUCCUCCCAUUAGUGGACGACCACGCCUUCAUCAGAGACGUGGCCAAAGUCAAACAGGAGAACAAGCUGAAGUUCUCCUCCUUCCUGCAGCAGCUGACCCAGGUGAAGGUCAACCCGGAGUCCAUGUUUGACGUCCAGGUGAAGAGGAUCCACGAGUACAAGAGGCAGCUGCUCACCUGUCUGCACGCCAUCACGCUCUACAACCGAAUCAAACUGGAUCCGGAGAUGACGUUUGUCCCCAGGACAGUGAUGAUAGGAGGGAAGGCGGCUCCUGGUUACCACAUGGCUAAGCUGAUCAUCAAACUGAUCACCUCGGUGGGUCAGGUGAUCAAUAACGACCCGGCGGUGGGAGACAAGUUGAAAUUGAUCUACCUGGAGAACUACAGAGUGUCUCUGGCUGAGAGAGUAAUCCCCGCCGCUGACCUGUCGGAGCAGAUCUCCACGGCGGGAACUGAAGCUUCUGGAACAGGAAACAUGAAGUUCAUGCUGAACGGCGCUCUGACCAUCGGCACCAUGGACGGAGCCACGGUGGAGAUGGCCGAGGAGGCGGGGGAGGAGAACCUCUUCAUCUUCGGCAUGAGGGUGACGGACGUGGAGGAGAUGGACAGGAAGGGCUACAACGCCAGAGAGUUCUACGAGCGCCUGCCGGAGCUGAAGCUCGCCAUGGACCAGGUCCAGAGCGGAUUCUUCAGUCCCAAAGAACCAGAACUCUUCAGAGACCUGAUCCACAUGCUGCUGAACCACGACAGGUUUAAGGUGUUUGCAGAUUACGAGGCGUACGUCAGGUGUCAGCAGCGAGUCAGCGACCUGUACCAGAAUCCCAAAGAGUGGACCAAGAUGGUGAUCCGCAACAUCGCAGCAUCCGGGAAGUUCUCCAGCGACCGAACCAUCUCCCAGUACGCGCGCGAGAUCUGGGGGGUGGAACCCUCUGACGUGAAGAUCCCGCCCCCCAACGAGCCGCCGCUCGAGUCCCGAAACUGAUCAAAAGCGUCCGAACGUUCCUGCUGCGAGUGUCAGAUCCGGCUUCUCAGCUUUGGUUGACUCAUGUUUGUACUGUAUGUAAAUAUGAACAGGCAGCAGCUACAUGCUACAUGCUACAUGCUACAUGCUAAACCGCAAAAGAUUAACAUGAAGUGUCUUUACAGUUUAAAGAAUAUGAGAUGAAACAAUAAAAAUCAGACACAAUCAGCGAAAGCCAAGAGUUCUGAAGAGA